GUGCUGGUGGAUGUACAUACUGAUCCCAAUCUGUUAGUGGCAUAUGUACCUGAGGAAAGUUUGGUGGCACCUACCGAACCAGAUAAGGAUCGAUUUGAUCAUCCCUACACCUCAUUCUUAUUUUUUGGGAUGGAUGCUGCUGGAGAUUUCAUACCAAUCAAGCAACUGCGCGAGAAGUACAACAAGCCUCGGCAUGAGGUGCCUUAUGACUCCGAGGAUGAGAAUAGCGGAGAAAGUUCCUAGAUGUGACCAGGAGCUAUGUUCUCCUCCAUUUUGAUGGACUGCAAAACAUGUUUCCUGCACGAUGUCCUUAGAAUACACAACACAUUUGUGGAGGCUCUUGUAUAGUUCUGGAGAUUUUGGAUUUCCCUGACCCUGACCAUAGUACAUAGAGCUUCUGUUAUUUGUCAUAUACAGUUUCAAAAACUGUACUGAAUAUUGAUGUAUUACUUCAAAAUCUCCUUUAAAUUUUUCUUCUCUUUAUAAAAUAAAAGUUUAUCUCAA